AUGCAUUUGAAAACAUAUUAUUCAUUCAUAAUAAUUUUAAAAAUAAUAAUACUGAAUUUUAAAAAAUAUAAAUGUUUUCUAUUAAAAAAAAAAGAUCCAAUAAUAUUCGAUUUAAUAGAAAAUCGAAAAAAUAAAUUUAAUAAUAUUAGGAAAUUUAUAAUAAAAGACAAGUGUAAUAAUGAUGUAGUUAUAGACAACAUUUUUAAAUUUAGUGAAAAUGAAAACUAUAUACAAAAGAAAUUAAAUGAAUUUAAAAAAUAUAGAAUUACAACAUAUAGUUCUAAAUAUACAUUUUUUUUUCCAGGACAAGGAGAGCAAUAUUUAUCUAUGGGUUUAGAUACCUAUAAUAAUUAUAAGGAGUCAAAAGAAAUAUAUGAACGGGCAAGUAAAAUAUUAGGAUAUAAUUUAAUGGAAAUAAUUAAAAAUGGUCCAAUAGAAAAAUUAACAGAUUCUGAGAUUGCACAACCAGCUAUUUAUACGGUUUCUAUGGCUGCAUAUGAAAAAUUAAAAAAUGAAAAUUAUGAUAUAGUUCAAAAAUUAAAUUUAUGUAUGGGUUAUUCAUUAGGGGAAUAUUCGGCACUAGCUUGUUCUGGUUCAUUAUCUUUUGAAGAAGGAGUAUAUUUAACAAAAGAAAGAGGAAAGGCAAUGCAAAAUUGUGCUAAAUUACAUAAUAUGUCAACUAUAGCAAUUGUCGGUUUAACUAUUGAUAAUAUAUAUAAAUUAAUUGACGAUGUUAAUAAAAAAAUGAAUGAUGACAUUUUGAUCGUCAGUUAUAUGACAGAAAAAAAAUUUGGUUUAUGUGGAAAACCUGAAAGUAUGGAGUAUCUUAACAAAUUAGCUAAGGAAAAAUAUAAAGCACCUUUUACAAAAAAAUUACAAAUAUCGGGACCAUUUCAUUCUUCUUAUAUGUUUCCUGCAAGAAAAACUUUAGAAAAUAUAUUAAAACAAAUACAAUUAAAAAAAUUACAUGUUCCAAUAAUAUCAAAUGUAGAUGGUUGUGCUUAUAAUGAUCCUUCCAUAAUUAAGGAUCUAUUGCUUUUGCAAUUAACUAGUCCAAUUAAAAUCAAUGAAUGUUUAGAAAAUGUUUUAAAAAAUGGAUAUGAGGUUGGUUAUGAAUUGGGUCCAGGUACAAUUAAUACAAACCUUUUAAGGGAUGUUUCAAAAAAAAAAAAAACAGCAACGCCAUAUAUAUAG